AUGCAAGAACCAAGUCGAACGAUAGAGAUCAGCAGUGCCUCGGUUAUAGAUCUGAAGGCCGAAUUAUUCAAACAGAAAGAAGAAUUUAAAAAGCAAAGGGAAGAAGCAAACAAUCAACCUGUUUCUGCGGCUCUAAGAAAGAGCGUAAAGAAACCCGGACUCUGGGAGCGUCAGAAUAAAGGGGUGAAUGAAAGGUCUCAUCGAGACGAAUUAGAAUUAGUUGAUGCACCGACCUUAGAAGCUAGUCGAAUAGCGAUGGAAAGGAAGGCCAAGUUAUAUGAUCAACUUAAAAAGACUGGCAUUAGCGACGAUAGGCUUGCAGAAGAAGUCUUGGUCGAUUUUGAUAGGAAAGCUUGGGAGAAUCCCUCAGACGAUGAAUCAAACGAUGAAAAACAGAACGAAAAUGAUGAUCCAUGGGUGGAAUAUGUUGAUGAGUUUGGAAGGACGCGUUUGUGUCGAAAAAGUCAAUUACCUAAAGAUGAUUCUUCUAACACAUCAAUACCUGACGCGGAAAGCGCUCCAACGGAUCUCGAUGAUACGUCGCCAAUGGAAGACGAAAGACAACGAUGGGAAGAGGCCGCGCUGAAAGAAUUGAAAAGUGGACCUAUUCACUACGAUGAAACCAAGGAAAUUCGGACGAAGGGUGUAGGCUUCUAUCGUUUCUCCAAAGAUGAGGAAGAACGUCAAAAGCAAAUGCGCGAAUUAAAAGAGAUGAGACUAGAGACGGAAAUGAAACGGGCGGGUCAUCAAAGUAUUAAGAAUAAGAGAAAAGCUCAACUGGAUGCGAGAAUUGCGAUGAUCCGCUCAAAAAGACAGAAGAAUCCUGUUGCGGCAUCGUCAAUUGAACAAACGACCGAAAAUAUAAUAACAACCAAAUCUGAUGCUCAAACAAAAAAUAAUACAACAGCACCGCCCAUCUUUGAUGCGUCUCAAGAUUCGGUCAAAAAUAUCAACACUUUAGAUGUUAAUACUUUACUAUCCGAUAUAAGAAAGCAAGUUGAGUCGCAAAGUAGACCGAACAAACGAUCCUGA